ACUAAAACAAUUAGAAACGAAAAUUGGAGCGAACUUGUAAUUCAACCCGAUACUAUCUCCCUCCAUUUCUCUCUCACUCCCUCGCCGAUCCUCUCGAACUCAAGUUUUGAUGUAGUUCGGCUUCCCGCGAAGAUUAUUGAUCUCGUAACUUCGGUUGUCUCCGGCUUCGAUUCAGAUAAGAUUGUCUCCUAUUGCGCAUGCUAGGAGUGAAGUCUCAUUUCGUGCUAAAGGUUCAACAUAAAAUAGGUUCAUUCAAACUUAAUUCUUCGGUUCGUCAGUCAAAAUUAUAUCUAGUCAUUGUAGAGUAUGGACGAUUAGAAAUAGCUAUUGCGGUUUCAGGAGAAAAAUAGUUCACGCAGUGGAAUUGCAAUUUUCUAGACUGAACGCAUGAUUUAUCGACGGAACAAAAAUAUCGAGCUGUUAUUUCGUUCGCAGAGCAUCAUUCUCUGCUAUGAUCUACUCACUGAAUUUUAUUUGUUUAUACCUGCAAUCUUACAUUUUUGAAGUAAUGCGGUUAUGUACUCCUAUGAAAAGUUGCUUAGUGAUAGAAAAUCAAGAUAUGUUUUCGUGAUAAUUGGCAUAUUUUGGGAAGAGAAGAAUGCAUUCUCCCGAGUUGGAUAAAAUUUUUAUGAAGAGAUGGUGCAUAAUUUCCUUGCAUGACUGAGCAAACCUGAAUGUUGAUCAUAUCUUAUUGUGCCAAUUCCGUUGCUAGAAUGCUUCAAAUAUCAAUAGACUGUUAACCUUCUCAGGUAUUUGGGAAUUUAGAUUUUGAAUUUCAUCAUAAGUGUUCGUAAAAGAAAAAAUCAUUAUAAUUUUCUCGCACGUUCAACUUCUGAUGAACAGGCUGUGUUCAUGGCUGUUGCUGUAUUCGUCCCGUUUAACUCUUAUGUUUCAGGAGUGCUUUUUUGUGUUGGGUCCGCUGUCCUUGCUGGUGAGUACUAUAGAUGUUUUACUAUCUUAAAGGGAAUCUAUCCAUAUGAAGACAGAGACAAUUCGCGGUUCUGUCUUAUAGCUGCAGUCUGUCUCCGCAUUCAAGUGAAGAAGACGAGGAACUCAAGGUUUCCCAUUCAGAGCGAGCUUUUGCAGAUUUUGUUCUCUCCAUUCUGGUACUUGCUGCAUCUGGUGAUUAUGAAUUUCUUGGUUAAAAUUGGCUAACCUUCGGUUUUGCUUCGAAUGUUCUACCUUCUUUCAUCGAACUUCUAACAUUAGACAUAGCUCGAAGUUGUUCUUGUGCCAUUUUAACACUAGUCAAAAGAUUUGAUCUAUUCUUGCACUGUUUUUAAGGCGAUGGACAUAUUUCAACUUCUGACAGGAAAAUCUUGGUGAGUUUCCCCCCUUUUGCCCCUUACAUGUUCACUAUUUCCCGAAGUGUCCUCCACCUCUCUUCUUGACUAAAUAUGAAAUUCCCAUAGAUGGUUGUAUUAAGAAUGACUUUUCAUGUGGUUUAAAGGUGUUCCUUUAAGUGGAAAAAACUAAGCUCUUCUCUCUUUCUCCUUCUUAUAUGUAAAAUAUUAAUGGUAAGAGUUACUGGUAGCAGGAAGAAUAUCGUCAUAUGAUUAUUUAAUUAUGAAUUAACCUUUUGAUAUUGUCGAUAAGAUGUCAUUAAUCUUACUAAAGGAGGCCAAAUCUUUCUUCUCCAAAUUCGCUCGUUAACUUUUUGUUCUUCAUAUAUGUGGUGCAGGUAACUCGUUUGGCUGGAGAAUCCUUGAUGCUUGGAGCGGAGGGGUAUUGACUCGACUUCAAUCUUUUGCUUAACAAAGCUCCUCCUUUCUCCUCCACGACCUCCAUUUUUCUCUCCUUCUCUAGGGUUUCUCUUCCUCCCUCCUCCUCUUCUCUCAAGCUCCUUCCCCUUUCUCUGCAAUUCGGACCUCCCAAGCUUGCCUCCUCGUGCUCGCUUCGGUUUUCCGCUUCCAGAGCAAUGGCGGAGCUUGUUCAGGAUAAGGAGUCCGCCCAGAGUGCUGCCACCGCUGCUGCUGCUAGCUCCGGUUAUGAAAGACGGAAUGCGCCGGUUCACUCCCGCAAAUUUCUCGAUGUUCGCUCUGAAGAAGAGUUGCUCUCCUGCAUCAAGAAGGAAACAGAAGCUGGAAAGCUGCCUCCAAAUGUUGCUGCAGGAAUGGAAGAAUUGUAUCAGAAUUAUAGAAAUGCUGUUAUUGAGAGUGGAAAUCCAAAGGCAGAUGAAAUUGUUCUAUCUAACAUGACUGUUGCAUUAGAUCGCAUAUUGUUGGAUGUGGAGGAUCCUUUUGUCUUCUCAUCACACCACAAAGCAAUUCGAGAGCCUUUUGAUUACUACAUUUUUGGCCAGAACUAUAUACGGCCAUUGAUUGAUUUUGGAAAUUCAUUCGUUGGUAACCUUUCUCUUUUCAAGGAUAUAGAAGAGAAGCUUCAGCAGGGUCACAAUGUUGUCUUGAUAUCAAAUCAUCAGACUGAAGCAGAUCCAGCUAUCAUUUCAUUGUUGCUUGAAAAGACAAACCCAUAUAUUGCAGAAAACACGAUCUUUGUGGCAGGGGAUAGAGUUCUUGCAGACCCACUUUGCAAGCCCUUCAGCAUUGGAAGGAAUCUUAUUUGUGUUUAUUCAAAAAAGCACAUGUUCGAUAUUCCUGAGCUCACAGAAACAAAAAGGAAAGCAAACACACGAAGUCUUAAGGAGAUGGCUUUACUCUUAAGAGGUGGAUCACAACUAAUAUGGAUUGCACCCAGUGGUGGUAGGGACCGGCCGGAUCCUUCGACUGGAGAAUGGUACCCAGCACCCUUUGAUGCUUCUUCAGUGGACAACAUGAGAAGGCUAAUUCAACAUUCGGAUGUUCCUGGGCAUUUGUUUCCCCUUGCUUUAUUAUGUCAUGACAUCAUGCCCCCUCCCUCACAGGUUGAAAUUGAAAUUGGAGAAAAAAGAGUGAUUGCCUUUAAUGGGGCGGGUUUGUCUGUGGCUCCUGAAAUCAGCUUCGACGAAAUUGCUGCUACCCACAAAAAUCCUGAGGAGGUUAGGGAGGCAUACUCAAAGGCACUGUUUGAUUCUGUGGCCAUGCAAUACAAUGUGCUCAAAACGGCUAUCUCCGGCAAACAAGGACUAGGAGCUUCAACUGCGGAUGUCUCUUUGUCACAACCUUGGUAGUCAUUUGCAAUCAUUUUUCAACAUCAAUUCAUUUGGUAAUCAGGUUAGGACAUAGUUUUGCAUACCACAGGACAACACUGUCAUUCAAUUAGUACAUGUACCGUAAGAGAAAACCGAAUUCUUUCACUCCUCGACGUCUCGAUGGAUUCUGCCAAAUUACCAGCCUAUAUCCCACCCUUAGCACGUGCCAUUUCAAUCGACAUUGAAGCGCUUCGAAGACUUGGUCUCUCUUGGGAAUGUAUAGAUCUUUCAUAUCUCUUACACUAAAGGACUCAUAGAGGUUAUUCGUACUUUAUUUCUAAAGUGUAUAUGUUCACCCAUUUUCAUGUUUAUAUUAUAUGCUUCAAGAAUUAUUAUGUUCAAUUUGUAUUAUUAGUUGAUACCUUUUGGCUUAGAUCAUUCAGUCGAAGGUGCUCAAAUCUCAACUUUGUUUUUGCUCUUAAGUUUGUUAAAGGAACAUUUUUA